UGUGUAUGUGUAUGUGUGUGUGCGCUUUUAGAAGAUAUUUGAACGCGCUCAAUUUUCUCAGAGAUGGUUGAACCGAUUUUAACAAACUUAGACUCGUGUGAAAGCUACCAUUGGGCCAUUGAUCAAGUUCAAAGAUCAAAUGGCUGUGACUUUCGGUUCCGGAGAUAUGACGUAACCGACAAAACGCGUUGUAUUUUGUAGUAUAAUGUAUAGUUCCGAUGUAAUGUAAAUCAUAUUUAAUACCAAUCUUAUGCAGUUAGGAUUAGAGUGUAGGAUGUAAUGUUAUGUUACCUGUUUGCAGUCAGCGUGUAUGAAAAGCUGACCUUCCUAGCAACACUGUACCCCGGAAGUGGUGUUUACGAGGAAGUCAGAGAAAAUUAUUGUACAGUUAACCUCGAUCGCGUACACACGUAAAAUAAAGUCCGUGCGAAAACCACGUGUCCGUAUUUAAUUCUCUCUGCUACAACAUCAGAAGUGGGAUCGAUAAAAUGGCCAACCGGCUAACUAAAGACGAAUUGAUGGAAUGGCUGCAAGAGCGGAACAUCGAAUUUCCAGCUUCGGCGACCGUCCGGCUUCUACGUACAUUGUAUGAGAGCCACAUGCCUCGUGCAGAGAUGGAGGAGGAGCAAGAAGAUGACGGGGAACAGGAAGCCAGAUUGGACGAGCAGAUCCGGAUUCUGGAAAAGAAAAAACAGCUCGCAGAGUUAAGAAGAGAGCUGGCAGUAUGUGAAACUCAAGUUGUUCGACCGGCUGAAUUCCAGGAUGUGAAAUGUGUGAUACCGAUGUUCACUGGCAGUGAUUUGUGUGUUCCGGAAAAGUGGAUUUCGGACUUCGAGAGGGCUUGUGAUGCCGUUCGAGGAGAUGGAGAAUUCCGUCUGAAAAGUGUUCGGAGACUCAUGGAACCGGGAACGGAGGCAGAAUGGUUUCUGCGAGUUGACCGUUCACACUCAUACGAAGAGUUCCGUGAACACUUCUUAGGAUGUUUUGGACAUCGACUUUCUAUGUCAGAAGUUAUCGAUAAGCUACGGAGAACCACUUUCAGCACCUGCAAAACAACUGUAGUGGGCUACAUUCUUAGAAUGCAAGAGAUCGCUUCAUGUGCCGAUAUUGAUGAAGCGCUUACAGUCCAAAUGAUAGUCGACGGAUUUCAGGAUCGUACCGCUGAUAUUUCGGUUUUGUAUCCAGCAACCAACUUGAUGCAGCUUAUGCAUUUAGCAAGACGAUACGCCCAGCUCCGAGAAUUACGACCCAGCUCCGCUCGUAUUACUUCAACGUGUUCAUCGAAGAAACCAAAGCCUAAAGACGAUUCCGAAUUAGGACUUCGGUAUUAUAACUGUUCGGGUGAAGGACACAUCUCCGCUCGCUGUCCAGAACCUCGACGAGAGCGAGGAUCCUGCUUCCGGUGUGGAUCUCAGCAACACGUCAUCAGGAAUUGCCCUCGUCCCGCGCCACAAAAUAAAAACAAAGUGGCACUCGUCGACGACUUCCGUCAGAACUGCCAGCCUGAUGCUAUCGGGGAACAACUGGGCGGCGAAAUCGCCGAAAUUAAUCGGUCCGAUCAAUCUGGCUAAACGUUCGGUUAUCCCGCAUAUUUUUACGCUGAAGGAAGAGAAAUAUAGUGGAUUCCGAAGUGUGGGGAACUUUCCGCUCUGCGCUUACGGCAUCGUUUCGGGUCGUGUUACUUACGCCA